UUCCACAUUGUGUUUAACUGUUAAACAAUGGAUGGAAGUUGGUGUUUGGUUCAGAUUUUGCUGGUUUGUGCUUUCUGUCAUGCUGUUCCACACUGGAGUAAAUCGCUUCAGGAUGUUCAAUCUCUGAUGACCCAGCAGUUUCCGCUUCAGAAGCCAGUUCAACAACCAAGUAACCAGCAGUUUCCGGUUCAGAAGCCAGUUCAACAACCAACUUACCACCAGUUUCCGCUUCAGAAGCCAGUUCAACAACCAAGUAACCAGCAGUUUCUGGUUCAGAAGCCAGUUCAACAACCAAGUAACCAGCAGGUUCCUCAGCAGUUCCCGCUUCAGAAGCCAGUUCAACAACCAACUUACCAGCAGUUUCCGCUUCAGAAGCCGGUUCAACAACCUAAACUACAGUUUCCGCUUCAGAAGCCAGAUGUUCAAUCUCUGAUGACCCAGCAGUUUCCGCUUCAGAAGCCAGUUCAACAACCAAGUAACCAGCAGGUUCCCCAGCAGUUUCCGCUUCAGAAGCCAGUUCAACAACCAAGUAACCAGCAGUUUCUGGUUCAGAAGCCGGUUCAACAACCAACUUACCAGCAGUUUCCGCUUCAGAAGCCAGUUCAGCAACCUAAACCUCAGUUUCCGCUUCAGAAGCCAGUUCAGCAACCUAAACCACAGUUUCCGCUUCAGAAGCCAGUAGUGCAGACAGAUCCUAUUGAUAAAUGUGCUGUAGCUGAUUCUGAGCAGAUCCAAUGUGGUCUACCUGGCAUCAGUGGUGCUGAGUGUGAAGCUAUCAACUGCUGCUUUAACGCACAGCAGUGUUACUAUGGGAGAGCGGUAACUGUCCAGUGUAUUCGAGAUGGUCAGUUUGUGGUAGUGGUAUCUAGAGACGUUACUCUGCCUCGACUGAGUCUGGAUUCGGUUCAUCUACUGGGUGGAAACGACCCACCUUGUGCUCCUGUGGGGUCCACACCUUCUUUUGCCAUAUACCAGUUCCCUGUGACCGCAUGUGGCACGAGUGUGAUGGAGGACGGCGGAUAUGUGGUGUAUGAAAACCGAAUGACCUCUUCCUAUGAAGUGGGGAUUGGACCAUAUGGUUCCAUCACAAGGGACAGUCAUUUUGAGUUCCUCUUCCAGUGUAGAUACUCUGAAACUUCUGUGGAAGCUCUGGUUGUGGAGGUCAACUCCGUUCCUCCACCUCUACCAGUAGCUGCUCCAGGGCCUCUCCGGGUGGAGCUCAGACUGGCCAAUGGCCAAUGUGUCACCAAAGGAUGUGCUGAAGGUGAUGAGGCCUACACGUCCUACUACAGUGAUGCUGAUUAUCCCAUCACAAAAGUCCUGCGAGAGCCUGUGUAUGUUGAGGUGCACAUUAUGGAGAGGACUGACCCCAACAUUGUCCUGAUGCUGGGACGUUGUUGGACUACUUCAACCCCCAGUCCACUCAGUCUCCCCCAGUGGGACCUUCUGAUCAAUGGAUGCCCUUACCAGGACGACCGUUAUCUGACCACACUGGUUCCAGUGACUGGAUCAUCUGGUCUUCAGUUUCCAACCCACUAUAGGCGUUUUGUUGUGAAGAUGUUCACAUUUGUAGACCCAGCCUCACUGGCUGCUCUGCAGGAAACCAUCUUCAUCCAUUGCAGUACAGAGGUGUGCCAUCCAUCAUCUGGCUCUUGUGAGCAAAGCUGCACCAGGAAACGAAGAGAUACUCGUAUCAAGGCUGUCUCUGGGGAGCAGACUGUGGUUUCUAGUGGAGCAGUUACUCUGGUCAUGUAAAUCUAGUUUUUAAUAAACUUUUUGCAGAACCCCGAGGUAUAUUGUCUUGUUCUGCAGAAUCUGAUAUUAAA